GAUCCCAUCCAUCCACCACAAAUCUGGUGCUCACUGUGGCAGAAUUGCAGUGCACCGGACUGUACAGGGCAGGGUACCAUCCAAGGCUUGCUGUCUGUGAGGGGUGGGGUUCGGCUACACUCAUACCACCAAAAAACAGAAGCUUAUAGAAGAAGACACAGAGAGGUGGAAAAAGACAGGAGGAAAAAAAAGAAAAGAAGAAAGAGAGAGACGAGAGAAGAGGGGGGAAGAUUGCACCUGAAGAGGAAUAUCAUACGGGAUGAAAGGAGACACCCCAGUGAACAGCACCAUGAGUGUCGGCCAAGCCAGGAAGCUGGUAGAACAGCUGAAGAUCGAGGCUAGUUUCUGCAGGAUAAAGGUUUCCAAAGCAGCAGCUGACCUGAUGGCGUACUGCGACGCCCACGCCUGCGACGACCCCCUGAUCACCCCGGUGCCCACCUCAGAAAACCCUUUCAGGGAGAAGAAAUUCUUCUGUGCUCUGCUUUGAGACAAAUCAUCAGGGAUUGUUGUUGAAUCAAAGUACAACUGUACAGUAUGUACAUGUAUGUACAGUGUGUACUUGUACUUCCAACUCAAGCAAAAUGUCGGUGUACUAUAGUAACCUCACAACAACAAAAAAAUAGCUGUCAAUGUACAGUUAAGAAUCAGCGUCAAAAUAUUUAAUUUUCUUAAACUGCAACAUUUCAAGGAUUUGAGACAAAACUGAAACUUCGGAUUAAUUAAAAUGCGAUGAACCUCAUGCGUUAAGUAACUGCCAAAAUGGACAAUAAACGAAUCACCUGGUUUCUUUUUUUUUCGCUUCUUAU